AUGUUUCGACGUGCUUGGAAGCCAGCUGCUGUCGUUGUCCCUGCAGCGCUCGGAUACUGGUACUACAACAAACCGCGCAACGAAUACUUUGACUUUCCGGUGCGAGAACGGGGCCCAGACGGAAAGGCAACAAUGUCCACAAAAACGCUUCCGUUGCUAUCCACACAAGAAGUAGAUGCCCGUCUCCGCGAGAACGCCGUAGAGCACACAGUUACGCGUCCUGGUAUUGUCUGGCAUCACUCUACCGCAUCUGUGGCUGCGAAUGACCCAAUAGAAGACGCGACAGCCAAUCAAGUAAUCCGCAAAGAUGAAGGUGAUGGAGAUCUCAUGUUCUUUGCCGUCAUGGAUGGGCACGGUGGUGGAUAUACCAGUCAACUAUUGUCUCGGGUUCUCAUCAAUGCAGUUGCUCUUGAACUAGCUGCGCUCAAGUCAAAAACCGCUAAUAGCUGGACAGACACCCUGAAGAACACAUUUUGGAAAACUCCCCAGCCAACCACCGACAUCCAUGCCGCACCUGGUGAACCGACACGUGUUGCCACGGCCAUCCAGCGUGCAUUCCUUGCCUUGGACGCAGAACUCAUAGCAGCUCCUGUUCGUGUUCUCGCCUCUGCCCUCGAUGGCGACAAGUCCAACCUCUCGAUCCCCGACUUGAGCAAGCACCCUCUCGCCCUUCCCUCAAUGCUCCCAGCGAUGUCAGGCAGUUGCGCCAUUCUUGCCCUUCUUGAUACUGCCCGCCGAAACUUAUAUGUUGCCUGCACGGGUGAUAGUCGCGCUGUUGCUGGGAUUUGGGAACCACAGGCGGAUGGGAAAGGUCAUUGGCGUGUCGAAGUUCUGAGCGAGGACCAAACUGGGAGGAAUCCGGCGGAGGCAGCUCGAAUGCGGCGCGAACACCCGAGCGACGAAGCUGCAGAUGUUAUACGCAACGGCAGAGUGUUGGGUGGUCUCGAGCCAACACGUGCAUUUGGCGACGCUCGCUAUAAAUGGUCGCGGGGGCUGCAGGAAACUCUUGCUCAAGCUUUUUUAUCUGGCAGCGACCGGAAAAUCCGUCCUCCACCUCCCACUCUCAAAACUCCGCCAUACGUUACAUCGCGUCCUAUUGUGCAACAUCGUGUUUUAGAGCUUCCUGAUCAGCCAGCGUCUGGUCAAGAACGCGCACUACGCUUCAUCGUCCUUGCAACCGACGGACUAUGGGACGAGCUAAGCUCUGAGGACGUGGUCCGUCUGGUCGGAGGUCACCUAAAUGGGCUCAAGGGCACCGUUCCCAAACCCGAGCUCGCUACGCUUGUCCCAACUUUGACGGGUGCCGCUGCAGUCGAAGGCAAAACUGCUCGCCGACAGCGGGACUCCGAGGGCUGGGCAUUUGUGGAUUCAAAUCCUUCUGCCCAUCUCAUCCGCAAUGCUUUUGGUGGCGCAGACACUAAUGCUCUUCGCCGCUUACUCAGUAUUCCUGCUCCUCAUGCUCGUAGACAUCGGGACGAUGUGUCCGUUACCGUGGUAUGGUGGGAGGCCGGCAACGAGCAGGCGUCACCAGAGAUUGCGUCUGUCAGUCUUCCACGCGAGCAAGUCAAGGCAAAGCUCUAG